CGCGUCAGGCGCUGUCCGCGCCCCCGGUGCUGAAGCGACAUGGCCGGCGGCCGGGCCCCGGCGUGAGCCCCGAGCCCCACGCCGCGCCCGCCGCGCCCUGGCCGCCCGGAGUCAUGUCUCUGCUGUGCGUGGGAGUCAAAAAAGCCAAGUUUGACGGCGCCCAAGAGAAGUUCAACACGUAUGUGACGCUGAAGGUGCAGAACGUGAAGAGCACUACCAUUGCUGUGCGCGGCAGCCAGCCGAGCUGGGAGCAGGACUUCAUGUUUGAGAUUAACCGCCUGGAUCUGGGCCUGACGGUGGAGGUGUGGAACAAAGGCCUCAUCUGGGACACGAUGGUGGGCACCGUGUGGAUCCCGCUCCGGACUAUCCGCCAGUCCAACGAGGAGGGCCCAGGAGAGUGGCUGACACUGGACUCUCAGGCCAUCAUGGCGGACAGUGAGAUCUGUGGGACCAAGGACCCCACCUUUCACCGCAUCCUUCUGGAUGCACAUUUUGAGCUGCCCUUGGACAUCCCUGAAGAGGAGGCACGCUACUGGGCUAAGAAGCUGGAGCAGCUGAACGCCAUGCGAGACCAGGAUGAGUACCCCUUCCAGGACCAGUCGGACAAGCCGCUGCCUGUGCCCAGCAGCCAGUGCUGCAACUGGAAUUACUUUGGCUGGGGAGAGCAGAACGAUGACCCCGACAGCGCGGUGGACGACCGCGACAGUGACUAUCGAAGCGAGACUAGCAACAGCAUCCCGCCGCCUUACUGCACGACGUCACAGCCCAACGCCUCGGUGCACCAGUACUCCGUGCGCCCUCCGCCGCUGGGGUCCCGGGACUCCUACAGCGACUCCAUGCACAGCUAUGAGGACUUCUCCGAGCCGCGGGCGCUCAGCCCCACAGGCAGCAGCCGCUAUGCAUCUUCCGGGGAGCUGAGCCAGGGCAGUUCUCAGCUGAGCGAGGACUUUGACCCGGAUGAGCACAGCCUGCAGGGCUCAGAGCUGGAUGAGGAACGCGACCACGACUCCUACCACUCCUGUCACAGCUCCGUGAGCUACCACAAAGAUUCUCCCCACUGGGACCAGGACGAUGAGGACCUGGAGGACCUGGAGGACCUGGAAGAUGAAGAGCUACCUGAGGAGGAGGACGAGGAAGAGGAGGAGGAGGAAGAGGAGGAGGAGGUGCCAGAUGACCUGGCUAGCUAUGCCCAGCAGGAGGACACCACUGUGGCCGAGCCGAAGGAGUUCAAGCGGGUCAGCCUUCCGCUGGCCACGCCUCAGAAGGAUGACAAGGCUCCAGCUGCACCCACAGAGGCCCCUGAUAUGGCCAAGAGCGUCCCCAAAGCGGCCACACCUGAAGAGAUGGCAGCUGCAGAGCGUGCGCAGGAAGCUGAGCCCCCCAAGUCUGAGGAGAGUUUCAGGUCUCGAGAGGAUGAGGAGGGCCAGGAAGGGCAGGACGCCAUGUCCAGGGCCAAAGCCAACUGGCUGCGAGCCUUCAACAAGGUGCGCAUGCAGCUGCAGGAGGCACGAGGAGAAGGCGAGAUGUCCAAGUCUCUAUGGUUCAAAGGCGGCCCUGGUGGUGGCCUCAUCAUCAUUGACAGCAUGCCAGACAUCCGGAAGCGGAAGCCCAUUCCCCUCGUGAGCGACCUGUCACUGGUCCAGUCGCGGAAGGCGGGCAUCACCUCAGCCUUGGCCUCUAGCACAUUGAACAACGAGGAACUGAAAAACCACGUUUACAAGAAAACCUUGCAAGCCUUAAUCUACCCCAUCUCCUGCACCACCCCGCACAACUUCGAGGUGUGGACGGCCACCACGCCCACCUACUGCUAUGAGUGUGAGGGGCUGCUGUGGGGCAUCGCUCGGCAGGGCAUGCGCUGCACGGAGUGUGGCGUGAAGUGCCACGAGAAGUGCCAGGACCUGCUCAACGCGGACUGCCUGCAGCGGGCGGCAGAGAAGAGCUCCAAACACGGCGCCGAAGACCGCACGCAGAAUAUCAUCAUGGUGCUGAAGGACCGCAUGAAGAUCCGCGAGCGCAACAAGCCCGAGAUCUUCGAGCUUAUCCAGGAGAUCUUCGCGGUCACCAAGAGCGCGCACACGCAGCAGAUGAAGGCCGUCAAGCAGAGCGUGCUGGAUGGAACGUCCAAGUGGUCUGCCAAAAUAAGCAUCACAGUGGUUUGUGCCCAGGGCUUGCAAGCCAAGGAUAAGACAGGGUCCAGUGACCCUUAUGUCACUGUCCAGGUUGGAAAGACCAAGAAAAGAACAAAAACCAUUUAUGGGAACCUCAACCCGGUGUGGGAAGAGAAUUUCCACUUCGAGUGUCACAACUCCUCGGACCGGAUCAAAGUGCGUGUCUGGGAUGAGGACGAUGACAUCAAAUCCCGCGUGAAGCAGAGGUUUAAGAGGGAGUCUGAUGACUUCCUGGGCCAGACCAUCAUCGAGGUUCGGACUCUUAGCGGCGAGAUGGAUGUAUGGUACAAUCUGGACAAGAGAACAGACAAGUCUGCCGUGUCGGGGGCCAUUCGGCUUCACAUCAGUGUGGAGAUCAAAGGGGAGGAGAAGGUGGCGCCCUACCAUGUCCAGUAUACCUGUCUGCAUGAGAACCUGUUCCACUUUGUAACGGACGUGCAGAACAAUGGCGCGGUGAAGAUCCCCGAUGCCAAGGGUGAUGACGCCUGGAAGGUUUACUAUGAUGAGACGGCCCAGGAGAUCGUGGAUGAGUUCGCCAUGCGCUAUGGCGUGGAGUCCAUCUACCAAGCCAUGACCCACUUUGCCUGCCUCUCCUCCAAGUAUAUGUGCCCUGGGGUACCUGCAGUCAUGAGCACGCUGCUUGCCAACAUCAACGCCUACUACGCACACACCACCGCCUCCACCAACGUGUCUGCUUCCGACCGCUUCGCUGCCUCCAACUUCGGGAAAGAGCGCUUUGUGAAACUUCUGGACCAGCUGCACAACUCCCUGCGGAUCGACCUGUCCAUGUACCGGAACAACUUCCCGGCCAGCAGCCCCGAGCGGCUGCAGGACCUCAAGUCCACCGUGGAUCUUCUCACCAGCAUCACCUUCUUCCGCAUGAAGGUUCAGGAGCUGCAGAGCCCGCCGCGUGCCAGCCAGGUGGUGAAGGACUGCGUGAAGGCCUGCCUCAACUCCACCUAUGAGUACAUCUUCAACAACUGCCAUGAGCUCUAUGGCCGAGAGUACCAGACAGACCCGGCCAAGAAGGGGGAGGUUCCCCCAGAGGAGCAGGGUCCCAGCAUCAAGAACCUAGACUUCUGGUCCAAGCUGAUCACUCUCAUCGUUUCCAUCAUUGAGGAGGAUAAGAACUCCUACACACCCUGCCUCAACCAGUUUCCCCAGGAGCUGAAUGUGGGGAAGAUCAGCGCUGAGGUGAUGUGGAGCCUGUUUGCCCAGGACAUGAAGUAUGCCAUGGAGGAGCAUGACAGACACCGGCUGUGCAAGAGCGCCGACUACAUGAACCUGCACUUCAAGGUCAAGUGGCUGUACAAUGAGUACGUGGCGGAGCUGCCGGCCUUUGAAAAGCGCGUGCCCGAGUACCCUGCGUGGUUUGAACCCUUUGUCAUCCAGUGGUUGGAUGAGAAUGAGGAGGUGUCCCGAGACUUCCUGCACGGGGCGCUGGAGCGGGACAAGAAGGACGGUUUCCAGCAGACGUCGGAGCACGCCCUGUUCUCCUGCUCGGUGGUCGACGUCUUCUCCCAGCUCAACCAGAGCUUCGAGAUCAUAAAAAAGCUGGAGUGUCCUGACCCCCAGAUCGUGGGCCACUACAUGAGGCGCUUCGCCAAGACCAUCAGCAACGUGCUGCUCCAGUAUGCCGACAUUGUUUCCAAGGACUUCGCCUCCUACUGCUCCAAGGAGAAGGAGAAAGUGCCCUGCAUCCUCAUGAACAACACACAGCAGCUACGAGUGCAACUGGAGAAGAUGUUUGAGGCAAUGGGUGGGAAGGAGCUGGAUGCAGAGGCCAGUGGCACCCUAAAGGAGCUGCAGGUGAAACUCAACAACGUCCUGGAUGAGCUCAGUCACGUGUUUGCCACCAGCUUUCAGCCACACAUCGAGGAGUGUGUCAAACAGAUGGGUGACAUCCUGAGCCAAGUGAAGGGCACGGGCAAUGUGCCCGCCAGCGCCUGCAGCAGUGUGGCCCAGGAUGCAGACAACGUGCUGCAGCCCAUCAUGGACCUGCUGGACAGCAACCUCACGCUGUUCGCCAAAAUCUGUGAGAAGACGGUUCUGAAGCGAGUGCUGAAGGAGCUGUGGAAGCUAGUGAUGAACACCAUGGAAAAGACCAUCGUCCUGCCUCCACUCACUGACCAAACGGGCACCCUCUUGAGAAAACAUGGCAAGGGCCUAGAAAAGGGCAGGGUGAAACUGCCAAGCCACUCAGACGGCACACAAAUGAUCUUCAACGCUGCCAAGGAGCUGGGCCAGCUGUCCAAACUUAAGGAUCACAUGGUGCGAGAAGAAGCGAAGAGCUUGACCCCGAAGCAGUGCGCCGUGGUCGAGCUGGCUUUGGACACCAUCAAGCAAUACUUCCACGCGGGGGGCGUGGGCCUCAAGAAGACCUUUCUGGAGAAGAGUCCUGACCUUCAAUCCCUACGCUACGCCCUCUCGCUCUACACGCAGGCCACCGACCUGCUCAUCAAAACCUUCGUGCAGACUCAGUCCGCGCAAGUCCACGGUGGAAAGGGGACUAGGUUUACCCUUAGUGAAGACGUUUGUCCUGAGAUGGGCUCGGGGGUGGAAGAUCCUGUGGGCGAAGUGUCUGUCCACGUGGAGCUGUUCACGCAUCCAGGAACUGGGGAACAGAAGGUCACAGUGAAAGUGGUGGCAGCCAACGACCUCAAGUGGCAGACUUCUGGCAUCUUCCGUCCAUUCAUCGAGGUCAACAUCGUAGGACCUCACCUCAGCGACAAAAAACGCAAGUUCGCCACCAAAUCCAAAAACAACAGCUGGGCGCCCAAGUAUAACGAGAGCUUCCAGUUCUCCCUGAGCGCCGACGCGGGCCCCGAGUGCUACGAGCUGCAGGUGUGCGUGAAGGACUACUGCUUCGCCCGCGAGGACCGUACGGUGGGGCUGGCGGUGCUGCAGCUGCGGGAGCUGGCGCAGCGCGGGAGCGCCGCGUGCUGGUUGCCGCUCGGCCGCCGCAUCCACAUGGACGACACGGGGCUCACGGUGCUGCGAAUCCUGUCGCAGCGCAGCAACGACGAGGUGGCCAAGGAGUUCGUCAAGCUCAAGUCCGACACACGCUCGGCCGAGGAGGGGGGCGCCGCACCGGCGCCCUAGCGCUGGUUGGGAUGGGGCGGGACCUGAGAGCGGGUAAGGCUCCGCCCUCCGCAGGCCACGCCCUCUCCAGAGGCCACGCCCCCACAUCAGUGGCCUUGGCUGGGGAGGCCCUGCCUCCUGGCCCUGGAAAAGCCAUAGAUGGUCCGGUGCCCAGGGCCUGGGCUGGGCAGGGCUGCCUGGGGGCGGGGACAGCUCCUGAUGUCUGUGCAAAACCCAGCGCGGGAUGGGGUUUCAAAAGCACACGUGCCCUCAGCGCAGCCGAGGGCCUGAGGGCGUCCCUCCCCGAGGACCCCGCCCUCAGCCGCGCUGCUGGCAGCUGGUGACCUGCACACGGGGGGCUGAGCUCUGAGGGAUGGCCCAGCCCCCAUCGCUGCUAAAUACCCUUCUCCCCAGUUCUUUACUGAGGGACCCCAGGACCAGGGUCCCCCUGAACCCUCAGGCUGCCAAACAAGAGCCCUGUCCCUGCCCUUCCUCCUGGGACUUUAGGUGGAACCCGGCUAGUCCUGCCAAGAACGGGGGGGGGGGGGAGGGCUUGGGGGUUUCCCCUGAGUUAGGAACGCACUGUCCUUUCUCCAAAUCCAGGCAGGAAAGAACCGCAAGAGACCAGGAACUAGGAAGGACAGAGCGAGCGAGAAUAGCCAGGGUCCUGUGGUUACAGACAGGCGGCCUUUUUCUAUUAGCUUGGAAUCAAAGCAUGUCCCUUGAAUUCAGGCACGUGCAGUGACAGGGUAGGAUGCCGGCUCCAUCCAGGUACAGGGGAGCUCAGAGACUGUGUUCUAUACCUUGCGGGAGAACUCCCAACCACACUGAGCUCAGGAAGGAGUGACUUAGACUUUAGGGCAUCAAGCAUAGCUAAAGAGGCUGUGGCCUGCCCAGAGACCAGCCAUACAAAGCUUCUAAAUCGCUGACAAGAACGUGAGGUGGGGGGUUGUGUGAGCCAUGCUAAUUAUGGCCAUAUCUGUGUUUUCUAGCCUCAGACUGUUGAGCGAGCUACAUGGGAGUGUUUGUUGAGUGACGUGUUCUGAUUCCCAGGCUAGGACUGUUUGAAAUUUUUCCUUUUAUUUACCCACCUAUUCAUCCCUCAACACCCAUCACAAAAAUCUUUUGUACAUUUCUCAAGGACUUCCCGAGGCUUUUCUUUCAUUUCUCUGACUUGGCUCUGGUAUCAGAAGACUGGGCGUCUGUGCCUGGCUGUUUCUCCUGAGGCCCAGGCCUCACGGAGCCCCACGCUUCCCCGGCAGGAGCAGGCCACAGGAGCUGAAGGAAGGCUGAGCUGACUCGAAUUAUGUGUUGAGGGCUCUGCAGAUGACCCGCCUUCACAAGCAUGCCUGUCCUUACAAUUUCCCCCGCCCUGACAGAUCCCCUCCCCUGCCAUGGGAGGUGUCCAAGCUGAGCCCCAGGACACAGGUAAUGGACAUAGUGCAAAGGGGACAGCUCUGCUCUCAGGACAGCCCCCGGCAUAGCGGUGUCCUCAAAGGAAGUUAAUCCAGGUCCAGUCCUGAAAGGCCCUCUGAGUUCUCACCACCUUGCCUGGUAGACCUGGGCUGCUGGGCGCUGCUGGGGUCCUGCGUUAAGUUAUGUUGGGAUGCAGCUCCCAACUCCUGGUCUACAGCAGGCUGGAAAGAGCCACGGCCCCUCCCACAGGAGGGACAGGACUAGCGGCGACAGAUGCCAGGGGGUGAGGGAGGCUGCCGUGUGGGCAGAAAAGGGGAGCAAGGACGAGCAGGUGGAAGGAUCUGGGUGCAGGCUCAUCCAUACCCUACCUAAAAUUCCCCAGGGAGGAGGCUGGGGAGUGGCUCAGCACCUGCCAAUCAUGUACUGUUCCGGGUUCCUUCGCCAACAUCGACGAAUUAAAAAGGCCUUGCGGUCAGCUCACCCUGGGCGGAGCCAGCACUUGAAGAGGCUUCCUCUGCACCCCAGUCCCUCUGGGCUCCUGGGCCUGUUGCCUCACCUGCCCCAUCAGACAUGCAAAAAAUCAAAUGCACAGAACUCCUGGGGGAUGGAGCAAGGGGCGGGGUCGGCCGGCCCCGCCCAUCCCCAAGCAUCUUUUAGGACCAAAGCUGGCUCUGCAUACCCGCUGGGUCCAACCCUCUCAGCCACAGCCGCUCGGUGUUGCAGAUUGAAGGUUCCCUGCACCCCAGAAGGUUCCUGACCCAACCCCUGCCAAGCAGCCCAGGGAGCCCCUGCACCUGCCUUUCUUAGCAUGUGACUGCAAAUGUAGAAUCCAAGAGGUUUUUUUUUUUUUUUUUGAGUGUUUUUUAGGUUCACCCUGUUAGCCCAGCAUCUUCCAAGAUGCCUUCAUUUCUCAGUCAACUGAGAAAUUUCUCAUUUCUCAGUGGCUUGGAACACAUCUUCAAAAUACCCCGGGAGUGUUUACGAGUGCAUGGCGUUGAGAUGUUUUGCACUAUUCUGAAUUUUUGGUCUCUGUAAAAAAUAUUUUAUUAACAUUAAAAAAAGAAAAAGCA